CGCAGAUUCACCUCUGUUCCUUUUUUUUCUCUCCCUCUUCUUCUCUUCUUCUCUUCUUCUUCAUCCACCAAAUAUCUUGUCUCGCCUCGCGACAGUUUCCCCCCCUCUUGGCCAUUGUGCCGUCCAACAAAUCCAGAUCCAGUCCAAUCCGUCGAGCUCGUUUACUUCGACUCGAUCAGGGUAGCCUUCCGUAGCUACUCGUCCCCGGCUUUCUUCUCCCCCAGAAAUGUACGUAUGCAUCCACCAACUCUAUCGGUCCUUUCAACACUCCUAAAACCAACUUCACUCACGGAUCUCUUCUCUCGUGAUCAAGUUAGUGUAUGAAAAUGUUUGCCCGAUUCGCCAUCCCUAUCACCAGGCCCGCGGCUUUUGCCGCAGCCGCUCGCCCUCGAACCUUGAACCAGGUCCGACUCUUGGCUACUGAGGCUAUUUCUACCGGAAGUCACGGUAGAGCUAUGCCCGCCCGUGCCAACACCGCCACUGCGCCCGUCGCCUCCAUGCCCGCUACUUUUACCAUUCGCGACGGCCCUGUCUUCCAAGGCAAGGCUUUUGGUGCCAACGCCAACAUUUCUGGUGAAGCCGUCUUCACCACCUCGUUGGUUGGCUAUCCCGAGUCCAUGACCGACCCAUCGUACCGUGGGCAGAUCCUCGUCUUCACCCAGCCUCUCAUCGGAAACUACGGUGUUCCCUCCAGCGAGCGCGACAACUACAACCUCCUCAAGUACUUUGAAUCUCCCCAUAUUCAGGUUGCUGGCGUGGUUGUCUCCGAUGUCGCCCUCCAAUACAGCCACUGGACGGCUGUCGAGAGCUUGGGCGAAUGGUGUGCCCGCGAAGGUAUCCCCGCCAUCUCUGGCGUCGACACCCGCGAAAUCGUCACCUACCUCCGUGAGCAAGGUUCUUCCCUUGCCAGAAUCACGAUUGGUGACGAGUACGACGCCGACGAGGACGAGAGCUUCAUCGAUCCCGGCCAGAUCAACCUGGUUAAGCGCGUCAGCACCAAGGCUCCCUUUGUGGUUGAGUCUCCUGGCGCCGAAUUCCACGUUGCUCUGCUCGACUGCGGUGUCAAGGAGAACAUUCUCCGCAGCCUGGUGAGCCGCGGCGCGUCGGUCACCGUUUUCCCGUACAACUAUCCUAUUCACAAAGUGGCACAGCACUACGACGGCGUCUUCAUCUCCAACGGCCCAGGUGACCCUACCCAUUGCCAGGAGACUGUCUACAACCUUGCUCGCCUCAUGGAGACUUCUGAGAUCCCCAUCAUGGGCAUUUGCCUCGGCCACCAGCUUCUUGCUCUCGCCGUCGGCGCCCGCACCAUCAAGCUCAAGUACGGCAACCGUGCCCACAACAUCCCUGCCCUUGACUUGACCACCGGCCAGUGCCACAUCACCAGCCAGAACCACGGCUACGCCAUCGACGCCAGCACCUUGCCCAGCGACUUCAAGGAGUACUUUGUCAACCUCAACGACGGCAGCAACGAGGGUAUGCUCCACAAGACUAGACCCAUCUUCUCGACCCAGUUCCAUCCCGAGGCCAAGGGUGGUCCCAUGGACAGUGCUUUCCUCUUUGAAAAGUACCUCGACAAUGUCCGUGCCGCCAAGGCCAGCCAGCGUGUCUACAAGGACAACCGCCCAACUCAGCUGAUGCUCGACAUUCUCAGCAGAGAGCGUGUUGGCGUUGAGCCCGAGAACCGCAGCACUCCUGUUUAAACGGACCCUGCAUGAUCGUGUGCGCUUCCAAAUUGGACAGAAAGUUUUUGAAUUUGGUCCACGGCUUCGUUUUGGUACUUGAGAGGCAUAGGCUCAUGCUGAAACAUGCACAAGCCUGUGUCGUUCUUGGUCUAUCAACCCGAUAGCCUCUUUGCCGUUUUGGUUUCAAGUCGUUUUGACGUGGUUUAAAAAAACAGAAUGUAACACGUAUUCCUCUGAGCGUCUUGGAAAAGACUACACUCACUGGAUCUACUUGACAAGUAAAUAGUUUUACAUAGCAAGAAAAAAAGAGUUUGUUCGCAUU